AUGUGCAACGUCUCAUCAUCAUCCUCCCCUUCUCCCAACCCCGAUUCUCCUCCUCCUCCUCCUUCCCCAACCAACAAAAUCAACAUGAUCACCAAACCCCUAAUCCCCAAAUCCCAUACUUCCCCAAAAUCCAAUCUCUCCCAAGUAAUCCAGGAAGCCAAUCGAAUCGCCGCAAUCUCCCUCCCCACAAUCCUCACCGGCCUCCUCCUCUACUCCCGCUCCAUGAUCUCAAUGCUCUUCCUCGGCCGCCUCGGCGACCUCCCCCUCGCCGGCGGCUCCCUCGCCAUCGGCUUCGCCAACAUCACCGGCUACUCCAUCCUCUCUGGCCUCUCCUCCGGGAUGGAACCCAUCUGCGGCCAGGCUCACGGCGCCAAACAGUACAAGCUCCUCGGUCGAACUCUCCACCGCGCCACUCUGCUCCUCCUCCUCACCUCCCUGCCCAUCUCCAUCCUCUGGCUCAACAUCAAGCCAAUCCUCGUCCUCUGCGGACAGCAGAACGACAUCGCUUCGGAGGCCCAAUCCUACAUUCUCUACUCCUUGCCGGACCUGAUCUCGCUCUCGAUUCUCCACCCGCUCCGAAUCUACCUCCGGACCCAAUCCAUCACUCUGCCUCUCACCUUCUGCGCCUCGUUGUCAAUCCUCCUUCAUCUCCCAAUUAAUUACUUUUUGGUCUCUGUUUUCCAAUUGGGGACGAAGGGAGUCGCGAUUGCCGCCGUCUGGACCAAUUUCAACCUCGUCGGGUCGCUGAUUGCUUAUGUAAUCAUCUCGGGGGUUUACAAGAAGACGUGGGUGAGGGUUUCGUCGGAGAGCUUCAGGGGAUGGAACUCGCUGCUCAAUUUGGCGAUUCCGAGCUGCGUCUCUGUUUGUCUGGAGUGGUGGUGGUAUGAGAUCAUGAUUUUGUUAUGUGGGUUGUUGGUGAAUCCGAGGGCCACCGUGGCUUCGAUGGGGAUUUUGAUUCAGACGACGGCGUUGAUUUACAUUUUCCCGUCGUCGUUGAGCUUCGGGGUUUCGACCCGGGUCGGGAACGAGUUGGGGGCCAACAACCCGGUUCGGGCCAAGAUGGCGGCCCUGGUUGGGUUGGGGGCGAGUUUCUUCUUGGGCGGGUUGGCAUUGGUGUUUGCCGUGAUGGUGAGGAAUGUGUGGGCCAGGAUGUUCACCGGCGACGUCGAGAUCCUGGCGCUGACGUCGAUGGUUCUGCCGUUGAUUGGAUUGUGCGAGCUGGGGAACUGUCCGCAGACGACGGGAUGUGGGGUUCUAAGAGGGACCGCGAGGCCGAAGCUCGGGGCGAACAUUAACCUGGGUUGUUUUUACUUGGUCGGAAUGCCCGUGGCGGUUGUGCUGAGCUUUUACCUGGGGUUCGAUUUCAGGGGCCUCUGGUUAGGUUUGAUGGCCGCACAGGGUUCGUGCGUCCUUGCGAUGUUGUUCGUCGUGAGUCGGACCGAUUGGGAGGUUCAGGCUCAACGGGCCAAGGAACUCACGACUAGUAGUUGCAAUGGCCCAAUGGACGAGAACGUGGACGUUAUUGCUGCCGAUGACAGUGAUAAGAGAUUAGUUAGUGAUCAAGUGGACGAGUCAAAUAAUCCUUUGUUAUUGGUUUAA